CACUGCCGAGCGCCUCCUGCCAGGGGCUGAGUUCCACCAGUACGUGAAGGGCCAGCACAGUGUUGUGCGCUCCCCGCUCCCCUACACUGUCCCCAAGGAGCUGGCUGAGCACGUUGACUUUGUGGGUGGCCUGCACCGGUUCCCUGCGGAGAGAAAGGUGGUCAGCAGAGCCUGGGCCAAGAAGGAAACCGAGUCAAGGCAGCACUACGGAGGGAGAGCGGCUUUCCACCUGGGCGUGACGCCUUCCAUCAUUCGUAAGAGAUACAACAUGACAGGAGAAGACAUUGGGCUACUGCCAAACAACAGCCAGGCCUGUGCCCAGUUCUUGGAACAGUAUUUCCACCAGUCUGACCUGGCUGAGUUUAUGCAGCUCUUUGGCAGCAGCUUUGGCCACCGCUCUCAGGUUGACCAAGUGAUUGGGCACCAGGGCAAGGGCAAGGCUGGGCUGGAGGCCAGUCUGGACGUGGAAUACAUCAUGAGCACGGGUGCCAACAUCUCCACGUGGGUCUUCAGCAAUGCAGGGAGGCACGAGAGCCAGGAGCCCUUCCUGGCCUGGCUGCUGCUGCUCAGCAACAUGUCAUCGCUGCCUUGGGUGCACUCUGUGAGCUACGGGGACGACGAGGACAGCCUGUCACUAGCCUACAUGGAGCGUGUAAACAUGGAGUUCAUGAAGGCAGCUGCCCGAGGCUUGACCAUCCUGUUUGCCUCAGGUGACGAUGGUGCUGGGUGCAGAAGGAUGCCCGGUGGGAACCACACUUUCCGGCCCAGCUUUCCAGCCUCAAGUCCCUACGUCACCACCGUGGGUGGAACAUCCUUCAAGAACCCUUUCCUGGUGACCGCAGAGGUGACGGACUACAUUAGCGGUGGGGGCUUCAGCAAUGUCUUCCCCAUGCCCGAUUACCAG